AUGUCAUCGGCCACUAUAGAAAAACCGAAGUAUAUUGCUGCUGAAAAAGUACACUUUCUAAUGUUAUUUAAAAGGUUAGCAAGGACGAUGGGCAAAGAAGAAGUGAAGCCAGCGCAGGGCGGCCACGGAGCGGCGACAGGAUCCGCUGGUGGGAAGCCUCCUAGCGCGGACCCGAAGGCGACGAAGGCGCUGCUGGCGGCGGCGGAGGGCGGGCGCGCGGCCGAGGUGGCGCGCCUGCUGGACGGCGGCUGCGACCCCAACGCGCGCGACGGCUCGGCCACAACGGCCGGCUCCGCGCGACGUGGGCGUAACGGCGGCGGACGGCUGCACAGGCGCGUCAACGCGGCCGCGCGCACACGGCACGCCCUGCUGGCCGUAGCUGCUGCGCGCGCGCCGCCACGUGCGCCGCGCAGCGACGCCCACGGCAAGACGCCGCUGCACCUGGCCGCCAGCCGGCCGGUGGAAUCCGCCCUGCGCGCCGCGCUGCCUCACCGCAACGGGCACUCGGCGCUGCACCUGGCGGCGUGGGCGGGGCGCGCGGAGGCCGCGCGGGCGCUGCUGGCGCGGGGCGCCGACGUCGCCGCCGUCGACCGCUGCGGACGCACGCCCCUGCACCUCGCCGCCGAGCACGGCCAGGCGGAGUGCGUGGGCGCGCUGGUGGGCGCGGGCGCGGCGGUGGCGGCGCGGGACAAGGACGAGUGGACGCCGCUGCACUUCGCCGCCAAGUGGGGGCGCGAGGACGCGGCGCGCGCGCUGCUGGCGGCCGGCGCCGACAGGGCGCUGCGGAGCAACUGCGGCCGCGCCCCCAAGGACGUCGCCGAGACGGACGCCAUGCGCAAGCUGCUCAGCGACUGAGCCACGGCCUGCUCCGCUGCUCGCAAAGAAGUUAAAGAAGUUAAAGCAAAGUGUUAAUCCACGGUUUAAGUGUUCAAACUGUUUUAUGUAGAUUAUCCGUAUCAUCUUCCAAAGAAAAUAUAAUUGUUAAACUACAAUGAUGUAAUUUACACUAUGUAUUUACAACAGAACAAUAAGUUGGUAUCCCAACGUAUCCUCUUUUAUUUUUUGGGAAAGAGACUGGAUCGGUACUUGAACAGACACAACCUUGCGACGUGAUUCCGCUGAAAUAUCACGCUGUUCGGAAAAUACACGUGUCGGUAGUUGUCCUGACGGAUUUGCUUCAUCACCUCAAGUGCUUCUUCGAUAUGCUGCUUUGUGGUUUUGUAAUGUUCUUGCGUCGUUAGAGCAUUUGCGUCUUAUCCCUUACCGUGCUCUUGCGAACGAAUCGACUAUCGUUGCCUUACGAUCGGAGACCGAAAUUUCGGUAUGUCGAUCGGGAUGUGGUGAAAGCACCCACAUCAACUAUUCCAUAAUUUGAAUAAGCGUGCCUUAAUUCUGUGACUGAUGUGAAUACACCAUCAAAUUACACAUCGAUUCUUUCAAAGUAAUUUUGCAAGAAACGGCGAUAUAUGAAAUGCCAGCCCGAUAACUUCAUUGUAAAAUAUUUUUAUUGAAUCGUUUCGAUUCUUGUUUUCAAACAAACUAUUUGGCAACAAUAUUUGUCAUGCGUCGCGUAGUCUCAUGGUUGUAUAAUGUUAAUCGCGAUGCUCUAGAGCGAAACUUUGUUCCAAUUCGUUGCAAAGGGUCAACUAGACCCUGAAAGUAUGAGAAUGGAGGAAAACAUUGUACGACGCGAGUUCGUUCACGGGUUCACGUUGUCGUUUUCUCUGUUCGUUCGAUACCGAGUAGAUUCCUUCACUUAGGCACGCCAGAGAGAACCAUGGGACUUCGUAUCUUAGACGUGUUGGAGUUUUGCUCAACGUUUUCGUUCACGCUACUAUAAUGGAACAAUUUGCAAACUGUGAGUGCAAUGCUAACGCUUAAUUGACAUGAAGCAUCCUCCCAUGGUUUCACAUCUGUUCGACUAGAGCUGUUCUUCUACCCGAUGCCCUACAUUAUAAUAAGAAUUCGGCGUUCGUAGCAAAUUCUGCCACCAAAGUUCGAAACUACCUUCUUCCAUUAAUGUGACAUGCAUCGUACACGAUACUCAUCUCCUGUACACUCGAUCACUGUUGAAAUUUUUCCGAAACACUUUAAUGUAAUGUAAGAGGUCGCAUAUGUGCACAGACGCAGAAGUGGGGGCGUGUGGUGUAUGAUACUUUCCAUCACAUACUUAUUAUCUUCGACAACUUGAAAUUCGGUUCUGUCAUCUUCAGUGGUGUAGCGUGACCCCCUUGUAUUAGAAUGCUGAACAAUAACCCAACUGAAGAAGUGGUGAUCGUUAAUGUUCCAAAAAAUCGAUUGCAACAAAAUAAAUAUUUCAAUAUCUCAGAAAAUUAUGAUAGUAGGCUACAAAUCGAAAAAAAUAAGAAUAUUUUGACGUAUUAUUAAAACAUGCAAUGAACAAUUUUAAAGAAUAAUAAGUUGGAAUAUUUGCAAUCGUCAUUUCAACACCACUAUAAACGUCACAAUACUCAGGUAGAACACGUAACUUUAGCACCUCCUGUAACUUUUGAACCUCCUGUAACUUUUGAACGGUUAAAGUUAUUGCAAUGAAGUUUUCAAGGCAGUACAUGAGAGAAUCGGGCUAAUUGAUACGUAUAUUCAUUUCUAUUUAAUCAAUUGUCUUUUACGAAAUAUUUGAGGUAACUUUGUUUUGUUUUUUUAAAUGGAACUAGACAUAUUUUUUCAGUCUGUCAUGACGAGCGUAAAAUGACGAACCCAAUGAUACUUAUAUUGUCAUAUGUUUGACUAGCAUUUUUUGAGUCACUUUUGAUUUUUGCGACUAAUGUUUAACUAGUAUUUUGAAUGUAACUGUCCGCCACACAAGGUAACGCAGCGCUCACCCUGAUAGCACGCGUCGGGGAAGGAAACAUAUUUCAAAUAUUCACAAAAGUGUUGCGUUUUUUUAACUCUGCUUUCCAUCCUUUCGCAUUUUCAUAUUUUUUGUAUUUAAGGAUUGAAAAUUCGGAUUUGUCAUAAGUAUUAUACAUUAAAUAAGAUAGUUAUUUCAACCUUAUUUAAAGGGGUGUCAUACCUCAGGAUAUUAAUGGGAUCUUGAUGCUAAACACACUGCAUCAGUUUUGUAAAUAUUUGCAAUAUGUUACAUAUCUUCAAAUACUAAGAUCCCUUCCCUUCCCUUCCCCAGCGCGCGUUUGUUGGUGAAGCGUUGACCGACCUGUGGCGAACUGAUACAUUCGAAAUAUCCGUUGAACAUUAGUCGCAAAAAAUCAAAAUUACUCAAAAAAAUGCUUAUGUAACAUACGACAAUAUUUACAUUAUUGAAUUCGUCUUUUUACAAUCGCCAUGAUAAACUGAAAAAAUAUGUAUAGUUCUGUUUGAAAAAAAAAUUACCACAAAUAUCUCGUAAAAUACAAGUGAUAAAAUGAAAAUGAAUACACCUAUCAAUUAGGUCCGUUCCCUCAUGCACUUAUGUGAAAACUGCAUUGCAAUCACUUUAACCGUUCAUAAGUAACAGGAUGCGCCAAAGUUACAUGACUCAUCCUGAAUACUUAUUCAACCAACACACGAAUGCAACACAAGUCACAUGCAUACUAACUGAUGGAUGCUUCUUAAUUGAAAACUGCCCAGGCUUUAACUUUUUAUUUAAAAUAAUGUAAAAAUGUUUCUUACAUGUAAGGUACGUCGCGUUAAGCAGCCCACUGGCGUGUCUCCUCUCCCAAGGCGCCAACGCUGCUCUUGCCAACCUUCCAUCAGUUCUUCCCACAAUCGUGUUCAUAAAAGACUGGUACUAUCCUUUUUGUAAUGAAGAUAGUACUAAGAAUUUGAAACUCCACUAGUGAAUUUUUUUAAAUAACAGUAAAAGGGGUGUUGCAAACUUGUUUAACUGAAGACUUUCUAGAAGUUUUGUUGCAUAGCUUAUUUCCUUUUCAUAUUAUUUCGAGAUUUGGGUUUUUGAUUAACCAUUUCUCACUGAAAUGGUCUUCAAGGAUUCAUAAUACAGUCUGGCAAUGCUUCCUGCAGAAAAAUAUAAUUAAUAAACUUUUUUUCUGUUUACCUUUUACUGUAUGUAAUAGAAGAUAAUAAACAUAGGGAACACAACAAACUAUGUUUUCCAUUGCACUUACAAAAUUCAAUCCUACGACUUCCCAUAAAAAGAGCUGCUACGAAGAAGUCUCCUAAUACCUGAUUCAGGCACGGAUCAUCAGGGAGGGAAUGAGGGAAAUUUCCCCUCCCAAAAUGUUCAUUAACUAUCAAUUUUAACUUGUCACGACACUUUCAAGCCAAAAUAUUUUCGUAUUAACAUUAAAAUGAAUGAAGUUGAAUCGCAAAAUGAGCUCAGUUUAGCCUGCGUCAUUCUAAGUAAUCUGUAAUAACACAUUCGACCAAAACAUUUUGAAUAAAAAAGUUUCCCUCCCCAAAUUCUUUGGAUUCGCUCCCUGCCUGAGUGCAAACUAUUUUGUUUGUUUUUUUGUAUUUUGAACCACAUACAGAAAUACAGCUUUUUCACUUUUCUAUGUGAGUUUAUGUAUUCAUAGUAUGCCACAGUCUUGUAACACAUCCUUUAAAAACAGUGUUGUUUCUCAAUGUAACAUAGUUCAAUGCUCAAUAAUGAUAUAUUGCUGAUGAGACAUUUAUCUCUCACUGAACAAUC